CGAAGCUACCGUCAACAUUCCGCUAACCCCGCCAUUUCCCAUCUCAUCUGACUUCUGAGUUGUGCUGCCCCUCCUUUUCUUCAUCCUUUUCUACUCAUCCCACUCUGAGGAACAAAAGAAUUAUAUUUCACAAAGCAGCCAUGUCCAGCUACGACGAGAAGAUCUACCAAGACGCGCUCAAGGCUGCCCAGCCCGAGCUGGGUGACCAGGCUGAGGCAGUUGCCAAGGAGUUCGCGACGGCCUACGCUCAGGUCAAGAAUCUGAAGCAGGCGCCCACUGAUGACCAGAAACUGCAGCUCUAUGGUCUGAGCAAGCAGGGUCUGCAGAAUCCUCCUUUCGACCAGAGGCCCGCCCCUGGCACCUUCGACUUCAAGAGAAAGUACAUGGACAACGCAUGGAAGGCCGUCGUCACCGCAGGAACCACGCCCGCACAGGCACAGCAGCAGUACACCAAGCUCGUCAACGAGCUUAUCGAACAGAUCGGAACCCAAUAGACGUCUUGCCUUUGUGACCGGAAGGUGGUAUGAUCUAGAGCAAUUCUUGGAGAUUGGUUUCUAGGAAUGAACUAUAAUGAGCCCGGAUAUGGAUCAAUGCGAUUUACUCUCUGCUAGUAUAUAGUGUACGAGUGCGCUGGGGUAUACACGCUGUGA